CAUACUGAUAGUUUCGUAUGUUUUUAACAUCAAGGAUUAAUCAAAAAGUGCAUAUUAUUCGCAAGUAAAGCAAGUAUUUUAAAUUGUUGCAAAAAAAUUUAAGAGCCUCUGGGUACAAGAUUAAAACUUCUCUGUGUUGUUAUUUUUCUACCUUAACAAGGAUGUUUUGUUAAAUCAAAAAAAUUGGAUGCUUCGAGCAAGUAAGGAACUUGCUUUAACGUUGUUUGCAAUCCAAUACAGAUAAAUCACCGGUUACAAGUAACGUUUUUAUUGUGAGCAAGCCACAAAAAAUGUCUAAAUACACAGAGUUUAUUAAUACCAAAGUUGGCUAUGAAAGUUUAUCGAAUGUUAAAUGGAGUAUAGAAAGUUUAAAGUUAAAAGAUUUCGUCUCAAAGAAUAAAUUACCACAAAUUGUAUGCGUUGACGAAGGACAUUAUGCAUCUGAUGGUAAUGAGAAAAUUUGGUCUGGACAGAAACUAAAGUUGCAUUCCGUUAAAAACGAACUGACAGCGCUUUGUUACAACGUGCAUAAUUUGCCCCACAAAAUACCAUUACAUUGCCAGGAACCAGUAGAGUUUUUUAUCCGUGAAAAGCCAACUCACUGUGCUUCUGUUAUUGACAUAGCAAAACUAAAUCCAUUACCAAAUUAUGUUAUAACACAAAGUCAAAUUUUUAUCUCUAUUGGCGAUCAAAAAAAAGGGCUGCGUAUCAGAGAAAACGAAAAGCUGCGAAUCAUGUUUCGAACUGAACAAACAACGAGUCAACCAAAAGAUUAUUUGACUUUUCGCAAUGAAACAGGAGAUAUGUUUGAAUUGCCAUUCAAUUGUCAAGCUGGUUUUCACCCAAUCUACAAAAAAGAAACACACCUGUUAAAUCAGAUUCUGCCAAACCGUGCUGCCAGCUUUGAACGACCAGUAUACUUCAAGUUCGUCAAUCCUCAGUUUUGUUAUUAUCAGCUUGGUGUCUUAAAAUGCAAAGAAGUGAAAACGAGGACAGUGGUUGUUGCUUCAAGUAUGCAGAAAAGCUCCAAAUAUGAUUUUAGCAUUCCAAUCGAGAGUGGCAUCACAGUAAGAGUUGCUGAAGGUACAAAAAAGUCUUAUAACGAGUAUGAAAUACAAACGAAGAAUUACAUUGUUAAAGAAAAUGAAAAUGAAAUGAAAAAAUCUUGCAUUAUUGAAAUGGUUCGAAAAUUUCCGCCCAGACAAGAAAACAGUGAGCAGUUCUCAAGUCCCCUUGAUCAGAAGACGAAACCUCAAAAUCGGUCUUAUUCGGUACCAACGCCUAAACCCCGGAAGGAGCAGGAUAGAAGCAAGUGUAGCUCCAACUCUGAAGAUAUAUACACUGAAUUAAUUUUAUCAUCGUUGGACGAGAAUGAAUAUGCUGUACCAAUGUUCACGGAUGUCCCUUUACCUUUGACGGAAACACAAAAACCUACUCAAAGUGACAAACUUACACCAAUAAAACAGAACAGUGCGAUAGAGUCACACAAAGCAAGAGAUCCUCCACCUGUGAUGACAAAACCAAAGCCUAGUAUAAGUAAUCUUAACAAUUCUACGCCAGAGAACAUAAGCGCGAGAGAGUCACACAAAUCAAGAGACCCUCCACCUGUGAUGACAAAACCAAAGCAUAGUCUAAGUGAUCAUAACAGUUCUACACAAGAGAAUCCCACAUCAGCAAAAGACAUUAGCGCGAAAAAAUUAGACGAUGUAAAAACGAAAGAUUCUUCACCUUUGACAACACAAGCAGCUAUUGAACCGAGCGAUCAUAGCACACCUACACUGGUAAAGAACAUGAGCGUGGCAGAGCUGUGCAAUGAAUUAAAAAAGUUGAAGCUGAAGAAAGAUGUCGAGAUAUUUAAAGAACAUUUAAUCGAUGGUCAGUUGCUAUGCAAACUCACAGAAAAUGACUUAAAAGAAAUGGAAUUUAGUAGCUUGGAAAUUAGAAAGAUUGUUAGUUUUAGAGAAGGCUGGCUUCCAAAAAUAUCGUAAAAACUGAUUUAAAACGAGGUGAUUUACAGUGAACAUUAAAAAAGAACUUGUGAAUCAAAAAAGACAAGUUUUGUAUGCAUUAAAAAAAAAUUGAUAUCUUAUUCAGUAACACUUUUUAAAUGUACAAAAAAGUAUGUUGACCCUAUUCGGUCCUGUCAGGUUUUUUAAAUAACUAUUUUUUGCUAUACUGAAUGGUUAUGAUACUUACUGAGUUUCUAUAUUUAUCUAUUAGACACCUGUAUGCCAAAUAUCUACGUCACAUACCUCUCAGACCUUUAGAUAUUGGCUAUUACUACCCCUAAAAAUCUCUAUGAAAUCCUUAUAAUUGACAAAAUAUAAUAACUCUUGUUAGGAUUAUCCUUAGAACUUGAAACUUACAACACAAAUUUAUUUCGUCGAGGAAAACCUUCCUGAAAAUUUUGGUCAACUAAAUAAUCCGAUUGCCUGUUAAAAAAUGAAUUUGUUUAUUAAUUCGAACUAUGUAAAAACUUAAAAAUAUGUUUAAUAAUUUUUAUUCGGCGCUUAGAAACCUUUAUUUGAAAUCCACCGCUUCUGAUGACGUCACAAAAAGUUGCUGAUGUAAGCAAAAAUUUAUUGCUGCCAAUUUUGUGCCUUUUAUGACGUACUAUAAGUGUAUGGUAGACGUAUCUAGAAAUAUAAAUAUGUUUAUAAUGUGUGAUUUUUAGUUAUAUAUAUAUGUGUGAUAAAGUAGUUUUAUUUUGUCUUUUCAUGUUUCAUGUUCUUUAUCCUCCAUGUUUAAUGUAGUAAAUAUUAUUGAUUAUAAAGUUUUAAUUUAUCGAGUAAAUUUUUUGCGAUUAAAAUAGCAGUUUGUCUCUGCAA